UCCUCCUCCUCCUCCUCCUCCUACCACACAUCAGUUGCUCCCCCCCGAGCCCUGCGGAUUUCGGACCCGGGGCUCUUGGGCUCCCUGGAUGUGGAGUGGGAGCCGCCGUUCCACGCACAGCCCUUCAACGAGUGCACGCUCAGGUACAAGUUUGAGUACCGCAACGCAGGCGACAGGGACUGGAAGGUGAUUUUUACUAGGAAACUAAAAUUCAGAGUUGGCUUUGACCUCAGCAGGACGGCCGAAGCGAAGGUGCAGACGCUGCUCGAGGGCCGGUGCACCGACCAYGUGGAGGUCCAAAGCGAGUGGAUCGAGGCCACGUUCCAGGUGCCGCUGCAAGGCAAAGUGGAGUCGGAAGUUCAGGAUUUCCGCUGCAUCUACCACGACUGGCAAUACCUGCGGUGCACGUGGCAGCCGGGGCUCGCGGCGCCCCGCGGGGUGCGAUACGGCCUCUAUUACUGGUACGAGGGCCUGGACCAUGCCGAGCAGUGUGAUCACUACAUUCAGGACCACGGCAUCAACAUCGGCUGCACGUUGCAAAACCURAGCCAGGCUGAAUACAAGGACCUGACCAUUUGUGUCAAUGGCUCGUCCUCAGCGACGCAGCUGAGACCUCUGUACGUCACCGUUCGCCUCCAGAAUCUAGCGAAGCCGUCGCCUCCGGAGGGGCUGGUGGUGUCCGUGUCCGGCGCGGAGGAGCUGCAGGUGACCUGGAGCCCGCCGGGAGGGGAGACGCCGUCCCAGUGCCUGGAGUACGAGCUGCAGCUGGCGGCAGAGCCGGGGGACAGCGCGGAUGCCUGGGAGUCUGUGGCAACGCAAAUGGAGACRGCCUUCACCAUUCCCAAAGGAAACCAAAGCCACGUUUCGUGCGUCCGAGUCAGGGGAAGAACAAACAUCUUCUGCGCCGACCAGGGCUUCUGGAGCGAAUGGACACAGGAGUGUUUCUCGGCCUCCAGAAAAGAGGACAAGCGGCUCUUUAUCCUCAUCCCAGUCAUUCUGAGCUUCUCAUGUAGCCUCAUCAUGUUGAUGUUGAUUGGCCAGUGCAGGAAAAGAACCCCAGCAGGAAAGCAGCUACCGGCGCCCGUGGGAUGCUAACCCCGCUCCAGGACGCCCGCACCGCUCCAGUUGCACGGACUGCUCUUGGAAGAUGCCCCCGAGGAGAGCCAGGGAGCCCUGAGCUGUCUCACGUCCCUUUGGGCCUUUCCUACUUGCUGUUUACAAGGUUGGUGCUGGAUUUCAAGCCCACAAGAGACCCAGGAAGAGUUUCUAAGCUGAUUCUGCAGCAAACUGCUUCCGAUAAUGGGACAAGGGAGAAAAAGGAGGCAGUGGGGACUGCGAUGAACAGACACCCCUCUGCCAUGGGGGUAUUUUUCAUUUUCCAUGUGAGACUUACGAAGGGCAAUGCCCCACACAUAGCACUGCAUGGUGCCACGGUGCCCCUCUCCUCUCACCACUUCUUCCCCAGCUCAGGCUGCUCACAGUAUUUAACUGCUGCCCUUGAGCUCCAGGUAUUUAUUUCCUCACCGUGCCUUUUGCAAAGCUCACACGGGAAGCCUCGAGGGAAAACUUUGCUGUGAAAAGCCCUAGUUGCAGCUACCACAAGUGGCACACAGUUAAAAGGAGAAGCAAAGAGUUACUCUGGCAAAGGCAAGUAUGGAAACUUCUCCAGGAAGGGAGCACAGGUCCCGGACCCCAGCAAAGUAUCCUGGAUGGUGCUCGACACUAUGUAUUGAGGUAAUGGAAUUGCUUAUAGGCUUCUAAGGAAUCUUUCCCUUAUUUCCACACAUACAUUCCACACAUGCAUUUCCACUUCCCUACAUUUCGUAUAUAUAUCUGCAUACACAUACACACACAUUCCAUAUAU